UGCACGUUACUAUUUACGUGUAUUAUCCGCUAUCAGACUUCAAUUUGGAGAACUUGUUCAGCUAAUCGUUAUCAUUUAUAAGAUAAUCUUGCAGAAAGUCUAAUUCUAGUAGCUUUACACCUGCGGAACGAUUAGUAGACAAAAUGAUUUUAAAACAGUAUGUUGUGGCAUUGAUGCUAUUGGGGUUCGUAGUAAAAGCGAAUAGGCGAUUCUACUGCCAUCAGUGUCGAGCAAAUGCAUGCAAAGAGGAAGUAUUGUCACUACAAGAAUGUAGUUUACAAAACAACAAGCUGCCAUACAAUUUCAAAGUAGAGAUAAAGAGCAAUGACAAAAUCAUCCCGCUCUGUGCUCACAUAGUGUAUCAAACAGAAAAGCUAAGAAUCCCCGUAAAACAAUGUCUUUUAGUACCAUCCACCAUGCAAGUAUGCCAGCAAAUAAAUCAAACCAUGCGAUCAGACGUGAGACUAGACGAAUGCACCUUGAAAAAGCCAGAUAGAUAUUUAGCGAUCAUAGGUGCAGCGAAAGAACCUCAAAGCAGUUUUACCACAAUGUUAAACGCAAGCACUACCCAUCCAAGAGCUCCUAACCCAAUCACCGACACAUCUAAAUCUGGAAGCACCGCUGCAAUAAUGGAUAAUACUAUCAUAUCAAGCGCUACUAAUCCACCCCCGGACAAUAUUAUACCAGAAAGUGGAACUGGAACAACGGAUAGCGCAACUACUAUUGUUGCCAGCGCUACUAAUCCACCCACGGGCAAAACUACAACACCAAGCACUACUGUUUCAAACAUGGAGGCUACCGAAAGCAGCACUACUGUAGUUUCGAGCCCAACUUCUGACACACCAAGCACUACUGUUGGAACCACGGAGGCUACGGAAAGCAGCACUACUGCAGUUUCGAGCCCAACUUCUGAGACACCAAGCACUACUGUUGCAACCGCGGAGGCUACGGGAAGCAGCACUACUGUAGUUUCGAGCCCAACUUCUGACACACCAAGCACCACUAUUGCAACCACGGAGGCUACGGAAAGCAGCACUACUGUAGUUUCGAGCCCAACUUCUGACACACCAAGCACUACUGUUGCAACCACGGAGGCUACCGAAAGCAGCACUACUGUCGUUUCGAGCCCAACUUCUGACACACCAAGCACUACUGUUGCAACCACGGAGGCUACGGAAAGCAGCACUACUGUAGUUUCGAGCCCAACUUCUGACACACCAAGCACUACUGUUGCAACCACGGAGGCUACCGAAAGCAGCACUACUGUCGUUUCGAGCCCAACUUCUGACACAGCAAGCACUACUGUUGCAACCACGGACGCUACCGAAAGCAGCACUACUGUAGUUUCGGACCCAACUUCUGAGACACCAAGCACUACUGUUGCAACCACGGAGGCUACCGAAAGCAGCACUACUGUAGUUUCGAGCCCAACUUCUGACACACCAAGCACUACUGUUGCAACCACGGACGCUACCGAAAGCAGCACUACUGUAGUUUCGAACCCAACUUCUGAGACACCAAGCACUACUGUUGCAACCACGGACGCUACCGAAAGCAGCACUACUGCACUACUGUAG